GUUGAUGUUGAAGGACUUGCGUCUGGCGCUACAAUCUGCGACAGAGGCAGGCGCUGCCAUGCCUCUGGGUGCGGAGGCCCAUGCAGUGUACAGCUUGAUGUGUUCGCAUGGCUAUGAGAGCAGAGACUUUUCCGCUGUGUACAAAUUCCUGACCGGUGGGCACGUAGGCAGCGACGAUGGGGAUUUAAAAUGA